ACCACACUGAAAAAAGUUCAUUAUACCGCUAGACCAAUGACUCGGGGAAGCAAAACAAAAAUAGCAGGCCAGGUAGACUGGAACAGCUUCGUCCAACAGCCUGAUGCCCAUUUCGAGAGUAAUUUCGCUGAAUCAACGAAACGAAAUAUGCAUUUCGUGCGAAGCAAUUUCCAAAGGUGCGUCUUUGCUGCUGUGUAUAGCUUUUUGGCUGCUAAUCCAACUCUUUAAGGUACUUCGAUGCUUCAGCCGCCGGAUUACAAGUACUGGCUCAGGAAUGUCACGCUGAAACUUAUCGAAGGGUUCCUUCGUUGGUACCUUGAGAACCAUAAUGCUGAGUACCAGUCAGGCUUUCUGGUCUUUGCACGAUACUGGAGAGUGUUUUGGUGCGAGGAAAUGGACCGCCUCUUUCCUUAUGAUCUAAGACGGAAGAUGAUAAACGUAAGUGAAUAUCCAAGAUAAGUUAGGAUCAAGACUUAUUUAGUAAGCUUGUGUGCACUGCCCUUACCGACGAGUACGACCUGGGACCUGGGAGCAAAGACACAGCCGUCAGUCAAUAUUGAUGACCUUCUCUUCACUACCUACCAUCUCAUGGCUGUAUCUAACGUAUAUUUUCCCACUGU